AUGUCUGAUAUCGAGAGCCCUGGCACUGCCCGUGCCGAACUUCCUCGUCAAUUCUCUUUUUUGUCAACCUUGGCCUUGGGAUACAGCAUUACCAACUCAUGGGCUGGUUACGCGGGUAUCCUAUCGAUACCUUUGGUGAUGGGAGGGAGCCCAACGGCUUUCUUUGGCCUUGUUGUUGCUUCGAUAGCUUGUUGUUUUAUCACUGCUGGCCUUGCGGAGUUGGCGUCUGCAUUUGCCACUAGCGGAGGGCCAUUCCAUUUUGCUUUCAUGGCUUCGGCGCCCAAGCACCGUGCCGUGGUUUCCUUCGUUGUUGGCUGGUUGACUAUGAUAUCCUGGUGCACGGUGUCUACAUCUAAUGGAAUAGUCUGUGCACAAAUGAUCAGUGGUCUGGUGACUGUCCACCAUCCAAGCUUCACAGAAGCUGCCUGGCGAAUCUAUCUCAUAUAUCUUCUAAUCGUUCUCCUCUCAACAAUGGUUGUGUGUUUUUUGCCUCGUGUUGUUCCCUUAAUAGAAGACUCUAUCCUCACCUUCAGCUUGCUCACCUUCAGCGCCAGUUUCAUAACUGUGUUAGCAAUGCAAGGUCACAAACAGUCCGCGCACACUGUAUUCUUUGCCUAUGAAAAUCAUACAGGCUGGAGUGACGGGACGGCCUUCAUGAUAGGAGCUGGGACUUGCAUGUACGCAUACAUAACAGUCGAUAGUAUUACCCAUAUAGCCGAUGAAGUCCCAGAGCCAGGUCGCAAUAUCCCCCUGGCGAUGAUGUCUACCGUGCUGACUGGCAUGGUAACCUGUAUUCCAUACUCAAUAACCAUUCUUUUCUGCACAACCGAUAUUAAUGCCGUUGCGUCUUCUUCAAUACCCAUCUAUACGGCUUACUUACAAGCAACAUCCAGUUCACCCGUGGCCACACUUUUCACUGCAUCGGUUAUAUUCUUCUAUUGCGCAGCCGAAUUUUCUUGUAUACUGACAGCGGGACGACUUGCAUACACGUUCGCCCGAGCCGGUGGUCUUCCCUACUCGUCAUUCUUCGUUAAGAUCACGAACGAGAUGCCGCUGAACGCCACACUGGGUUGUUGUGUGUUCAUCUGUCUAUACGGGCUGAUAUACAUUGGCUCAGCAUCAGCAUUCAACAGCCUUAUAUCGAUAGUCAUUAUUGCACUUAACAUAUGCUAUGUUAUCCCGCAAGGAAUCGUGCUGCUUCGUGGACGUGAAGCCGUGCUUUCGAGAAGAGCUUUCUCACUGGGAAAGUAUUUCGGACCCUUCUGCAAUGCAGUUGCUGUUCUCUGGGUGGCAGUCAUAUUGGUGUUCUUUUGUCUUCCUCUUAAAUUACCGACCACGGUACACGACAUGAAUUAUGUGAGUGUAGUACUCGCAGGGUUCGUUGCUCUGAUUGCUCUUGGGUGGUGGGGAGGAAAGAGGAGGACGUUCACCGGGCCGGUCAUUGAAUUUCCUCAUGGCGGACAGACUGGGAUAGCACGAGUUCCUGAUGAGUGA